AUGUUGGUUUCGGAACAAGCUGCAGCUCAAGUAGACCAUAAUUUUCUUGAACUGCCUAUCUUCAUCCAACCUGAUGGUGCUCAAGCUUUACAAUACACCUAUUUGUCUUUUUUGCCGCCAUCGAUAUACCUACACAACAAUAGCAUUAGUGGCAGCAUACCUGUUGAGAUUGGUGGACUGCAGCUUCUUCAUGCGUUGGAUCUUAGCAACAACUUCUCCGGAGAAAUUCCAGACCAAAUAUCCAAUCUCAAAAAUAUGGAUACGGUGGAUCUCUCUGUGAAUCAUUUGUCUGGAAAAAUCCCAACAUCAUUGAGGAGUCUUAAUUUCUUGUCAUUUUUCAAUGUCUCCUACAAUAAUCUUGAAGGACAAUACCAACAAGUACUCAGCUCCAAGGCUUCAAUGCCUCUGCAUUUGAGGGGAACCAGAAACUUUGUGGUGCCUCCCCACCCAAAUGGAUGCCUGGGAACUAACGGGAUUGAUGCAGGUAAUAAGGUAAUAAGAAUAAUCAAGAUGUGGACAAUGGGCACGAAAUCCCAUGGUUUUAUAUUUCCCUUGCGCUUGGAUUCAUUGUGGGAUUUUGGGGAGUUUGUGGUCCCUUAA